UUGACAACGUCACUUGAAACUCCUUCCCAAAACACACCAUGGGCCCCAAAAUGAACAAGUUUCUCCUCCUCAUGUGGAAAAACUGGAAGCUCCAGUAUCGCAAGCCGCUUCAAACGACAGUAGAAAUAGCCGCCCCCGUUCUUUUUUCAGUCUUACUGGUUGUGCUAAGGAGUUUAGUAGACCCUCUGGAGACGCCAGCACAAGAAUACGAACCUUUCAGCCCCAUACCUUCACUUUUUUUCCCGGAACAAAAAAAGAACACCACGGAAGCGGAAGGUACCGAGACCUACAUGCUUGUGUAUUCGCCUACGUCUAACAGAGUUCUGGAUCAAGCCAUGCGUGUGCUCAAAGGGGUCUUCGCGAAUAUUAAAGGCUACCCGAAUUCCAAGCAACUGGAACACCACUUUCUUACAGAAAGCUCGAGGUACACGUUGGCUGGAAUCCAGUUCGAUGAUGAUUUGUUCAAUAAGAACGAGCUCCCGAAGAAGGUGGAGGUUUCGUUGAGAUUCCCCAGCGAACUGCGAAGUCCAGGUGGUCAGGUUAUGAAAACUAGAAACCGAGGAGACUUUCGUGACAGGAAUAUAACCAAUGGUGACACUGUUGUAGAGAAGCUGAAUAAACUAUUCGAUAUUCGGGACUGGAGAACCAACUUACUCUACCCGAUUUUCGAGUCUCCGGGUCCCAGACUGUGGGACCGAAACACCGGGGCCACACCUGACUACUACUGGGAAGGGUUUUUAGCGCUACAAAUAGUAGUAACGCAGCUUCUACUAUUCAUUCAAAUGGAUAAUAUCCAGAUGAAGUUUCCACCAGAACCAAAAAUUUUGAUGCCGGUAUUGCGCAUGCAACGAUUUCCAUUUGCCAGCUGGAAAGAGGAUCCUCUACUUCCAGCUUUGAUAAGCUUCGUUGGAAUGCUCGUAAUGCUGAGUUUCGUCUACACGUGCAUCAACACCGUCAAGAUCAUCACGUCAGAGAAAGAAAAGCAGCUGAAGGAAGCUAUGAAAAUCAUGGGUUUGCCCAAUUGGCUUCACUGGAUGGCUUGGUUUUUCAAGUGUUUGUCGUUCCUUCUCAUCACUAUAACGUGUAUAUCGGUUUUGUUGACAAUGUCGUGGUACCCUCACACUUCAUAUAGCGUUUUCACUUACGCCAACCCUUUGAUACUGUUUUUGUUCCUAUUCUUGUACAUCUGUGCCACUAUCACGUUCUGCUUUUCCGUAACCGUGUUUUUCUCCAAAGCGAACACAGCUGCCACUGUUGCCGGCUUGUUGUGGUUCCUCUCCUACGCCCCUUUUUUAUUCCUACAACGAAAAUACGACGAGCUGAAUUUGUUCACGAAAUUGAUUGUUAGUUUGGGGUCGAACACCGCAAUGGCGUACGGUCUUCAAGUUUUUCUAAUGUAUGAAAGUACCAGUGAAGGGAUUCAGUGGGACAACAUAUGGAAACCCGUCACUUCCGACGACACCCUCACCCUCGGGCUCAUCAUGGUCAUGCUAGUCAUCGACGCAAUCAUCUACCUGUUCAUAGCUCUUUACGUCGAAGCUGUGUAUCCCGGAGAGUUCGGAACACCACAACCUUGGUACUUCCCGUGCACCUACUCCUACUGGUGCGGCCGCCCCAAGCAAGUCUUCAUCAUGGAAAACGUGGGCAAUCCACCCCCCAAACGCAACGAAUUUUCCGAAAACGACCCAUCGGACUUAAACCUCGGAAUCCAAAUCCAGCGGUUGCGCAAAGUCUUCGACAAAAAAGUGGCCGUUGACAAUCUCUCGUUGAACAUCUACGAAAACCAAAUCACCGCUUUGUUGGGACACAACGGUGCCGGCAAAACCACAACCAUGUCCAUCCUGACCGGAAUCAUCCCGCCGACCCAAGGUACCGCGUUAAUCCAAGGUUUCGACAUACGCACCAACAUGAAGCACGUGCGGGCCAAUCUGGGUCUGUGUCCCCAGAACAACAUCCUCUUCGACGACCUCACAGUCAAAGAACAUUUGUAUUUCUUUAGUAAAUUGAAGGGUCUGCACACAAGCCAAAUCAAAAAGGAGAUCGAGAAAUACGCAGAGUUGUUGGAGCUUGAGGCCAAAAUUGACAAGAAGUCGAAUACUUUGUCGGGCGGAAUGAAGCGCAAGUUGUGCGUCGGAAUAGCGCUAUGUGGGGGCUCCAAAGUUGUUUUGCUUGACGAACCUACAGCCGGAAUGGACCCUUCGUCUAGACGGACCUUAUGGGAUUUACUCCAGACGCAGAAAAUCGGGCGAUGUAUUUUGAUGACGACGCACUACAUGGACGAGGCGGAUAUUCUAGGUGACAGGAUUGCGAUAAUGGCCAAUGGGGCUGUCAAGUGUUGCGGGUCGAGCUUCUUCCUCAAGAAAAAAUUCGGGACGGGGUACCACUUAAUUUUGGAUACUUUGUCAAGUUGCGACUCGAAUUGCGUCACGCAGCUGCUACAAAAGUACAUUCCUGACAUAAAAGUUUUUAGAAAUAUAGGGUCCGAGCUUGUUUACUUGUUGGGCGAAGACCAAGUGGCAGUUUUCGAAAGCAUGCUCGACGACUUGGAGAAAAACACCGGAAGUUUGGGGAUUCGCAGCUACGGCAUCUCACUAGCGACCCUAGAAGAUGUCUUCAUGAAAGUUGGUAGUGACCUCGAAUCAGCGAACGUGGAGUCGGUGAAGGAAACUAAAUCUAGAACGAAAUCUACAAACCUGGCUUUCCAAAGAAGUCUAUUGUCCAAAAAAGUGCGACCUCUGACUGGAUUGGCAUUGAUCAAAAACCAAUUUCUGGCAAUGUUCAUGAAAAAAUGUUUAUCGGUUGCACGCACGCGGUUGCUGCAGUUGAUCCAGGUCCUGAUUCCGGUUACUUUUCUCAUCGUCGCACUAGUUGUUAGUAGGAAUAUGGAUAAGAACAAAACGAGCGACUUACCGAAAUUGCCGCUUACGUUAGAAUCGUACAACGAUCCGGUGGUACUAAUCCAAAGCAACUUCAACGAUUUUUAUAGUAGGUCGUACCUUGAGAGUGUGAAAGGUCACCAAGUGAAAAACGUCACGAGUAUUACCCAAACCAUGCUAGAUUUGUCAAGCGCUAUUCCAUCGACUGUCAAAAGGCGGUACCUCGUUGGUGCCUCUUUCACCCAAAACGAAAGAAACGAGACCAUUUUGACAGCAUGGUUCAACAACAACCCCUACCAUACACCUCCUCUAGCUCUGGGGCUCAUGUUAGACUGUGUUUACAAAGGGGUACUAGGAAAAAACCACAGUCUCAGUUUUGCCAACUACCCGCUGCCUUUUACGACGGACACAAAGCUGCAGCGACUCUUGAAAGGAAGCGGAAUGGGUUUCCAGUUAGCUUUCAAUAUUGCCUUCAGUAUGGCAUUUGUGUCUUCGUUCUAUAUUUUAUUCAGCGUCCGCGAAAGAGUCUGUAAGUCCAAACACCUGCAGUUUGCCUCGGGUGUGGAGAGCUACAUCUUCUGGACGACUUCGUUUCUUUGUGACUUGGUGACUUUCAUUGUAACGAUUUUGAUACUUCUGCUGACACUGUUGUUGUUCCAAGAGGAUGGUUAUACGGGGACUAGAGAACUGGGAAGAAUGUUCAUCCUAUUGUUGUGCUUUGGCGUCGCGAUGCUCCCGUUCAUGUAUAUUGCGUCAUAUUUGUUCGACAUUCCUUCAACGGGGUACACUCGGAUGACGCUAUUUAGCGUUUUUAGCGGGGUUACUGCCUUCCUGGUGAUACAAAUCCUCUUCGCUCCGAGCCUGUUUCUAAAGUACCUGGCAGAAGCUCUUCACUGGGGGUUUCUUAUAAUGCCGCACUACUCCCUCGCUACCAGUAUAAGAGACCUCUACGUCACCUACGCCACCACUAAAAUGUGCAACUUCUUCGUCACUAAUUGUUUAGAGAACGAAGAAGGUGCCACCUUAGAUGAUUGUUGGUACUCGGCUUGCGUUAACAACGUUUCCGAAGCACUGACGCAGUUUUGUUGCGAACGCGAGCAGAGCUACUUCAAAUGGGUGAGUCCCGGAGUUGGUAAAAACGUCCUAUAUUCACUAUCACUAGGAGUACUACUUUUGCUUUCCCUCAUUGCGUCCGAGUACAAAAUCUGGGCGAACUUGAAGUACCACGUUUUUCGCAACUACGGGAAAGAACCUCCCGACAAGGAAAUCUACGAAGACGACGACGUAGCAGAAGAGAAGAAAAAAAUACGCGGUACUACUGAAGCUCAAUUGUUGAAAGAGUACAAUCUGGUCUUGAAAGACAUGACCAAGUACUACCGGAAGUUCCUAGCGGUGAACGCGAUAUGUCUUGGUGUGGGCCAGUACGAGUGUUUUGGUCUUUUGGGGGUCAACGGAGCUGGGAAAACCUCCACUUUCAAGAUGAUCACGGGUGAUACUAGCAUGACGUACGGAAAUGCGUGGGUGCACCAUUUCAAUGUGAAGACCCAACUGACCAAAGUCCAGAGAGUCAUUGGUUAUUGUCCACAGUUUGACGCUCUUCUCACUGACCUCACAGCCAAAGAAACCGUGAUUAUGUUCGCUCUUUUGCGGGGGAUUCCCCUCAGUGAGUGCAAGUACGUCGCAGAGAAACUAGCACAAGAGUUUGACUUCGUCCAACACUUGAACAAGAGAAUCAGGAAACUGAGUGGGGGGAACAAAAGGAAGAUUAGUACUGCUAUAUCGUUAGUAGGAGAUCCUCCGGUUAUUUGUCUUGAUGAACCAUCAGCAGGGAUGGACCCUGUGACAAAACGAAAUCUCUGGAACGCCAUCUGCGGGAUUCGGGACAGCGGCAAGUGCAUUCUUUUCACUUCACAUAGCAUGGAAGAGUGUGAGGCUCUGUGUACAAGACUGGCCAUAAUGGUGAACGGGGACUUCAAGUGUAUCGGGUCUUUGCAGCACCUGAAGAACAAAUUCGCGGCUGGUUAUACCCUCACUGUUAAAGUCAAAAGGGGAAGCGAAGCUGGUGAGACGUUACAGGGUUUCGAAGACGUGGAAAAAUUUAUAGCGGAGCAUUUCCCGGCUGCCAAGCAACAAGAGAAGCAUCAGGAACUAAUCACUUAUUAUAUUAGUGAUAAGAAUAUUAGUUUGUCGAAAAUGUUCGGGGUUUUGGAAAAUGCUAAAAGCAGACUGAACAUUGAGGAUUAUGCGUUGGGGCAAGCGACUCUGGAACAGAUAUUUUUAACUUUGACUAAGCUUCAGCGUUGAUGGUCCAUCCUAUGAACUAUGAUAUGAAAAUUUUGCUUAGUUAAUAAAUAUGUG